GACCGUCGAGGACACCAUUGAGCACCUCCUGCUGCACUGCCCACGCCACCACUCCCAGCGAGUGCUGCUCCGACACCAACUCCGCGCCCUGGACCUGCCCACGCUGCUGUCGGCGGCAGGAGUCCAUCCCUCACGGCAGGAAUCUGUCAUUCGCCUCACCUGCGCCUUCCUCAGGAAGACGGGACAGCUGACGCGCCUGUGAGGACCUCACAGGACGACACCAGGGCUCAUGUGAUUGACUAGAUCGCCGCGGCCCUAAACAACAACAACAAUAUAGGUCACUCUCCAAUCAAUCAUGGGCAAGGCGAAGAAACUGAAGAAGCUUGGCUCAAAGGUGUCACGGCCGGGCCCCCUUGGGGAUCAGCUGGCCAGGGAUGAGGUGGCCCAGCCAACAGGGCGCAAGAAGGAUCGGCCACUCAGGAAAGAUGGUGAUGAGGAGUUCGUGGAGGGCCAGAUGGGCCGCACCAUCCUGAAGCAGAGUCUGGCCCAGCUGAGGGAGGUGCAGGAGGAGGAGGCAGAAGAGGCCAUGGCAGCAUUGGAUGAUGGAGAAUUCCCUCCACUCGAGCGGCCGGCACACAGGGAGAAAAAGAGACCUGCCGUUAGUCUAAGCUCAAAGAAAAAAGGUGGCAGCGGGAGUGAUGACAGCAGUGAUGAAGAUGACGAGGAUGUGGAUGAGACCUCAGCUGCUGUGCCCCAGAACACUGAUAAGAUGGUGAAGGACUUUGAGGAUGAACUGAAACUGGCAAAGGAAGACAUGCAGAUCCUGGAUCACUUCAUGAACAAGGAUGCAGCACCCCAGAGGAAGCUCGCCGACCUCUUCAGGGACAAGAUCACAGAGAAGCAGACUGAGAUACAGUCACAUGUGGAUGCCAGCAGUGUCCAGACGGUAACAGUGUCCCCAGAGGUGCAGGAGAUGUGUGCCGAGGUGGGCAAGAUCCUGGCAAAAUACCGCAGUGGCCCCCUGCCCAAGAUGUUCAAGGUGAUCCCCAAGAUGCGCAACUGGGAGGAGCUCGUCUACCUCACAGACCCCGACAAGUGGUCAGCGGCAGCAAUGUACCAGGCAGUAAGGAUAUUCGUGAGUAACUUGAAGGAGGCAAUGGCGCAGCGCUUCUUCAACCUGGUGCUGCUGCCACGUGUGAGGGACGAUAUCUCUUACUACAAGCGGCUCAACUACCACCUCUACCAGGCUCUCUACAAGGCCAUGUUCAAGCCUGCUGCUUUCUUCAAGGGUGUCCUGCUGCCCCUCUGCAUGUCUGGAACAUGCACCCUUAGAGAAGCCAUCAUCGUGGGCUCUGUCAUCGCCAAGAUCCACAUCCCCAUCCUCCACUCAGCCGCCGCCAUCCUCAAGAUCGCGGAGAUGGACUACACUGGGCCCAACUCCAUCUUCCUCAGGAUAUUCUUUGAUAAGAAAUAUGCGCUGCCCUACAGGGUGAUCGAUGCUUGCGUUUACCAUUUUCUGAAGUUUGAGCAUGACCGGCGUGAGUUGCCCGUCCUCUGGCACCAGGCGCUACUGACCUUCGUGCAGCGCUACAAGGAGGACCUCAGCAAUGACCAGAAGCAGUCCCUCCUCGAUGUGGUCAAGUUCCACACUCACUACACCAUGACAGCGGAGAUAAGACGCGAACUGAUGAACUCCAAAUGCCGGGGAGAAGACGACACCACGAUGGCUGUUGAUGAGUAGAAGUCUGAACAUUGGGGCUUUGCACUCACCUGUAAGCUCUGAAUGUUGAACUUCACCAUUUUAUAUAUACAUUUUUAUGCAAACAUCAUUAUUACAUGUUGGGGCAGUGGUCAUGUGGGAUGAGUAGUCAGUCUUCUUGUCUGUCUAUAUAGCUAUGACAGCCUUUUAGUUCUGGAAACUGCCCACCGAGGUGACAACAUAGACCGUUUUCCUGUAUCUAACACAAACAUUGGCUGUUGUCCCCACAUACAGGCUCGGCAUUUGAGGAUGCAAGCCUAAGUUGGUAUAAUCAAUUGCAUCUCAGCUCUCAUAAUUCUUUCCAUUAACCAUAUGAUCCUUCAUUUUACCAUUGUUUCUCUUUCUCUUACUUACUUUUACUUUCUUACAGGAGCUGCCUUGCAUAGGCCUACUAGCCUCUUGCAGACUCCUUAUGUUCUAAUGUGUUUGCACAGCUUCAGUUCUCAUAAUUCUCUGCACUGUCCCUUUGAAUUGCUUUCCUAUUAUUGUUUUCUCUUGUUUUCGCAUCUUUGCACAGAACUACUGAGUCACUAAAACUUUUCUUCGUGAUUCCAUUUCUUUAUUAUUUUUUUUCCAGCUCUGCUCUUCACAUUAGCCAGGGAAGAUUUGCAUACCCAAGUUUAGAUCUUUAUUCCUAUAUUGUCUGUCCUGCAUGAUAUUCCUGAGCAUUCCCAUCUUUCUUUCCUCUGUUUAACCUUACACUAUCUCAUCAACAGUUAGUUCUUUCACUCCUAAAGCUUUAAGGACACAGGGAGGGUCACUCUUCCCUUUCUUGUCUGUAGCAUACUUCAUCAACAGUUGAGAUUCAUUUGUUAAUUAACGAAAAUGUGUGUGUGCAUGUGUAUGCGUGUUUAUUUUGUGUGUAUGUGUAUGUUAUUCUGGGUAAAGGGGAACAUUUAGAGGGAAAGAGGGAGGGAGAAUGGACUGUCAGCAAAGUUUUGGCAUUACAUAUAAGGAUCAUUGUAUGAAGUGAUAAUAAUAAGCAGAUUACAAAUAUUUAUUAAAUUUGACCCUAACAGCAUUUGUAAAGAUAUAUAAAAAAUGCUUGUGCUCAA